UUUUUUUUCUUUGUUAUCAGACUAUUUGAUAAAAUGAAAAAUAUUUGUUGCUUUUUAAAUCAACUCGAUAUUUUUCUUUUUUUCAAAUAUUUUAUACGAGGAUUAUCAUUGAAUGAGAAAUUCUCAAGGAGUGGAAGUCUUUAUUGAUUACUGCCGCCGCGGUGGCUCAGUCGGUAGAGCGUCAGUCUCAUAAUCUGAAGGUCGUGAGUUCGAUCCUCACCCGGGGCAUAUAUUUUUUUUAAAUUCAUUUCCGAAACAUCAAUGACAUAAAAGUUGUCUUAACUUUCAUAUAUAAAAAGUAUGAGAUAAGAUUUCAAGUUAUUUUUGUUUGUCAUUACACAUCUCAUUCGUAUUAUAAACAAAAUCAUACCGUGGGUAUCAAUUUUCUUUAGAGAAAUGUGUUUUUCAAUCAAAUCCUAUUUCUAUAUAUCUAUUGUGUAUAACUUCAUGAGCGCUUCUUGAACAUUAUAUUUUCUUUAGACUUAUUAUCUCUUCUAUAAGCAUUUGUCUAACAUAAUACUUUCUGAUAUCAGAGACUGUGAAAGUGGGAAGAGGAUGGGGCAGAGUUGUAACCGGUCCGAUCUUUACCGUUUGGAAAAACCUUUUGUAGAUGUACUAUUUUUCUUAGAUAAAGAUUGUUGAGAGCGAGUUUUGUUGCUCUUAUCAAAAUGAUCACACAGUGUUGUUUCAAGAACUUUUAAUUUUCUUUUCUCCUGUUCGUCCAUACUAUUUUAUUUCUUUAACCCUUUGAGGACGGUGGGACAUACAUUGUCCUACCUCCUUUCCAGCACAGAGGAAAAUGCUUAUUCAGCAUAAAAGCAUAUGAGUUCAAUUGAAUAGUCUCUCUGCUCUAAAGUCUAGCGGCUAAAAACUGCAUUCUAACGAGAAGUGUUCUAUACCAGACUUGUAUCUAGAAUAAGAACAUUGUUGGAUCCGAUACGACAAUAAAAAGUGUCUUGUAGUCGGUAAUCUCGUAUGGAAUCCUAUAAAGUUCCUCUGCUAGAUGCAGGUUUGGAUGAAAACACCUAUUUGCAUUCUAGACUACAUUAGAGGUCUCUUUAAUAAAAAUACUCACUUAGAGUUAUCACAAUGUAGUCUUCAUUUUCCUAAUUCAAUGCUUUUAUCAAUAUGAAGAAAAAAGCAGAAGAAGUUGUUAUAACGCAAAAGGAUCUCAAGUUAGAUGAGACAUUAGAUGUUCUACAAACUAGAGUUUUGUGUAAAAUAUUGGAUAAGUUGUUUUUUUCCAAUUAUGAUUCGUUUCUAUAUAAUCAUUUUGACCCAUAUAUAAUGAAAAUAAUCGAAAAAUAAUUCCGUCCUCAAAGAGUUAAUUUGAAUAUAUGUUUAGUCAUAUUUUUUGCUUGUUUUAUUCGUAAUUCAAAUGAUGAUAAAAUGAUAAAACAUAUUGAUAAUAAUAAACAUUCAAAUUUUAUUUUAAACGAUAAAUUUUUUCAUUUAAAUCGUGAUCGAUUUAAUCAACUUAAUAAAGUUCAAUUAAAAGAAGCUCGUCAACAAAGUUUAAAAGAAAUAAAAAUGUGGUCAAUUAUUUAUCAUGUUUGA